AUGGUAGACAGAAAACGUGGAACCGCGCCGUCAAGCGAAACGUCCACUAGAAAAUUCCGCAAAGGGGCACAUGCUGAACGUAUAAGGCGAGAGGAAGAGGCAGAACGCAAUUCCAAGGAGGCGUCGGAGAAGGAAAAAGACGAGGAGGAGGUGAGGGUCAAGACAGAGGAGGAUGAGCUCGAGGCGGACGGAAUCGAAGAUGACGAAGCCGAAAAAGACGCAUCCUUCGUUGACUCCGGUGAUAAAAGUGAAGAAAGUGGCGAGGAAGAAAAUGGGAAGGAUGGGGAUGUCAAGACGGAUGAGAAUGGGCAACAUGACGAGCACAAAAACGACAACGAUGACGGAGAGGAGGCCGACGAUGAUAAUGACAACGAAAUUGACAAUGAAAACGAAAACGAAAACGAAAACGAAAACGAUGGUGGCGACGAGGAUGAUGAGGAUGAGGAAGAGAAAAGACGAAUCACUACAUUUAAUUUCGACGGGGUAGAGUACUCCUUUAAAGAAAGGCCGUCUGUGCUCGAGGAAAGAGACGGCAAGAUAGAGUUUCGUGUGGUGAACAACGACAAUACGAAGGAAAACCUUAUAGUACUCACGGGACUUAAAAACAUCUUUCAAAAGCAAUUGCCAAAGAUGCCUCGUGAGUAUAUUCUGCGAUUGGUCUAUGACAGAUCGCAUUUAUCUAUGGCUGUCGUGAGAAAACCUCUUACUGUUGUCGGAGGAAUUACUUAUAGACCUUUCGACAAGCGUGAGUUUGCUGAGAUUGUGUUCUGUGCCAUUUCAUCCACCGAACAGGUUCGUGGUUAUGGUGCCCACUUGAUGAAUCACCUCAAAGACUACGUCCGUGCUACGUCUCCAGUGAAGUAUUUCCUUACCUAUGCAGAUAAUUAUGCCAUUGGGUACUUCAAGAAGCAGGGCUUCACCAAAGAAAUUACUCUAGAUAAGCUGGUGUGGAUGGGCUACAUCAAAGAUUAUGAAGGUGGUACUCUAAUGCAGUGCUCUAUGCUCCCAAAUAGACUAAGAUAUCUUGACCUGGCGAAAAUCUUACUUUUGCAAAAAGCAGCUAUAGAAAGGAAAAUCAAGAUGCGUUCCAAAUCCCACGUGGUACGUCCUGGUCUCAGAGUGUUUAAAAAUGCCGGACCUAAUUUCAAACUCCAAGCAAAGGACAUUCCGGGUCUUCUAGAAAGCGGAUGGCUGGAGGAAAUGGACAAGAUAGCACAAAAACCGAAGAGGGGCCCACAUUACAACUUCAUGAUGACACUUCUCCAGGAGUUGACCAACCACCCAUCUGCUUGGCCAUUCGCUGUUCCGGUUAACAAAGAAGAAGUUGGAGAUUAUUAUGAUGUCAUCAAGGAGCCCAUGGAUCUCAGCACCAUGGAGCUGAAGCUCGAAAACGAUAAGUACGAGUCAUUUGAGCAGUUCCUAUACGAUUGUCGCUUAAUCUUCAACAAUUGCAGAUCCUACAACGCUGAAACUACCACCUAUUACAAAAAUGCCACAAAACUCGAGAAAUUUCUUAACAAGAAGAUCAAAGAGAGCGCUGAUUACUCGCACUACUUGGACUAG